AUCAUCGUCGUCGAAUGAUUCAUCAAUUUGAAGACGUUCUAGAAAGUGCUAGGACCCGCGGUUAGAACUACGUACUAGGCUUCUGGGGGUGGCACGCGUCGUAGUCGUCCGGGUUUGCCUCCCGCCGGGAUCACGGAUCAUGGAUGGAUCCAUGGGGCGUCGUUCUACUAUUCCGUAGCUGGGUUUGCCACUGGGCGUGCCCCGGAUCCAAACAUCCCCAUUCAUCCGCAUUACUCAGUAUGGGAAAAAUGAUCGGAUGUGAUCCUCGCUCUUUGUUUACUGGCGAGUCAUCUUGUCAUACUUUUAUACCAGUGGCAACGAUCUUCGGUGGAUAUAUUUCUCAUUUGAGAGGUGAAAAAGUACUACUAUGACAUAAUAUGUACAACGGAUGGGCCCGCAAUCAUCUCAAA